AAGCGGCCAAGGGAUGAGCUGGGGCCCGCCUUCCCAAUGGCAUCUCUCCCUGGUCUGGAACUGAAGACACUGAGCAAUGGUCCCCAGGCCCCAAGGAGACCAGCUCCUCUGGGUCCAGCGGCCCCACGCAGGGAGGGUGUGGAGAAUGCCUGCUUCUUUUCGGAGGAGCACGAGACUCAUUUCCAGAACCCUAGGGAUGCCAGACUGGGCAGCUCUCCCAGCCCCCCUGAGGGCGUCCCCUCAUGGCCCCGAUCCCAGAGGGAUGACCUGUCCCUACGUUCAGAAGAGGGGCCAGGCCUGGAGCCGGUGAGCCGCCCGGUGGAUUACGGCUUCGUUUCCGCUCUGGUUUUCCUGGUGAGCGGGAUCCUCCUGGUGGUGACUGCGUACGCCAUCCCCCGAGAGGCCCGUGUCAACCCGGACACAGUGUCAGCACGGGAGAUGGAACGACUAGAAAUGUACUAUGCGCGCCUGGGCUCACACCUGGACAAGUGCAUCAUUGCAGGCCUGGGGCUGCUCACAGUGGGCGGCAUGCUCUUGUCCGUGCUGCUGAUGGUCUCCCUGUGCAAGGGAGAGCUGUACCGCCGGCCGAACUUUGUCCCUGGCAGGGGCUCCAGGAAGACCUACGGCUCCAUUAACCUGCGCAUGAGACAGCUCAGUGGGGAUGGGAGCCAGGCCCUGGUGGAGAACGAAGUCGUCCAGGUCUCGGAGACCAGCCGCACCCUCCAGGGGUCUUAA